CCAGAUAGUGGAGAAUUGGUGUCCAAAACACUAUCUUUAUUUUCCAUCACAAUCAUGUCAAUUUUAUUUGGUGUAAAGACAUAUAAUGUUCAGUUCAAAUACUUGUCUUGUUCUCGAUGGCUUGUUUUAGCUCUUUAUGUUCUAUCAUGGGCAUUCACCAUGUCCGGCACUUUAUUCGUAUUUACAAAUAAUGGCAAGUUGUAUAUCACUAAAGUAUGCGUAGGAAACUAUACUUCAUGCUUAUUAGCUGAAUUGACUUGUGACAUUUUUUAUUCAGGGACAAAAAUCAUGAUUUAUUCUUGGCUCAUUGAAAAAGUAUGGGUUGUCUCGGCAACAAGAGAAACAAGAUGGAAGACAAAAUCGUAUCGAUUUCAUGCCUUUCUUAUGACACCUUAUGUAGCUAUUUUCGCGUUGAUGAUUAUUUUCCAUAUCGCAGAACUAGAAGCAGAUGGGACAUGCAUUAUUGGCUUGAGACCUGUUGCUAGUAUUCCCUUAUUAGUAUACGAUUUUGUCUUCAAUCUUUACAUGACAAUCUUGUUUGUUAUGCCUUUAAUGCAGCUAGGAAAAAGUGUGAGAACAGACUGGAAAACGUCUCGUCUUCAGAAUGUAGCUAGACGUACACUAAUUGCUUCCAUUGUGUCACUCUUAGUCUCUUUUGCUAAUGUGUUAGCACUCGCUGUCCUCAAUGGAAGAGAGCGAGGUGUUUUGUGCCUUACGUGCUGUACUGUAGAUGUGACAAUUAAUGUAAUCACUAUUCAUUGGGUA